CCUGUUCCACGUUUGGACUCAUUGUGCACUCUUGUUUGUCACCAUAGCAACCCAUUAGUUUUCACCUGUCACGUCACGCACCUGUUUCACGUUUUGAGUCACGCACCUGUUUUCGUUAAUCAUGUCUGUAGUAUUUAAGUUCAUUGUUUUUCAGUUUGUCUUUCUGGUGACAUCCCCGCAUUUAUGCUUCUGCACACUCUCCACACCCUUAUGAUCCUUGCUGCUCUUUUUUCAUGCCGGUUCCAUGCCAAGCCCUACCAGAAGACAACAUGUCCGAGGCAAAGAAAAUGGGGUCGAGUCGCCGGCAUCACCUGAAGAGUUUGAUGCUGCAGAUCGCCGCCACCUGGUUGGAGCAGGAAGCCGCCGCCAUGGUCGCCACCAAGAACGCUCACAUGGCGGAAAAGUGCCCCGCCCCCGACCUUGGCGGGGACCAGGCUUCUCUGAUGGACGUCUGCAAGAAGCUGCAGCAGAUCAUCGAGAAGAUCGACGAGGAGCGCUACGACACCGAGUCCAAAGUGUCUAAGGCGGACAAGGAGAUCCAGGACCUGAAGAUGAAGGUGGUGGAGCUGGCGGGCGUCAAGAAGCCCGCCCUGAAGAAGGUGCGCAUGUCGGCCGACUCCAUGCUGCAGGCGCUGCUGGGCUCCAAGCACAAGGUCACCAUGGACCUCAGGUCCAACCUCAAGCAGGUCAAGAAGGAGGUCAAAGAGGAGGCGGUGGAGGCCGUGGGCGACUGGCGUAAGAACGUGGAGGAUAAAGCCGACAGGAAGAAGAUGUUUGAGACUUCCUGAAGAAGUUUCCUCAUGUUCCUCACGUGUUCCUCUGACUUGUAGGAUUGGCGAAUGGAAAGAUCACGUGGUUCACUUGCCUCAGUUCAAAGUGCAAUGUUCACAAUAAAGCAGCAGGUGUCAGCA